AUGAACAGACCACAUGAUCAGCCCUCAACUGCGAUUGAUCAACAGCCAAUUAUCGGAUCAGAAGAAGCGCUUAAACCUGGCUCAAUACCAACAACCGUUGCAUCGGCUGGAACAUCUAUUGUACAAGGCGACCUGAUAACAGAUAUAGAUACCCAAAACCAGACUCUCAUGAUGCUGCCCACAGCUAAGAAAUCAAAGCAGGAUAGUGGUACGCAGAAUGAAUCUGGAGCAGAAUCUACAGCGCUAGAUGGGAAGGUUAUUUCAGCUCAAUCAAAACAAAACUCAUCCCCAUCCUCAUCGACUACACAUUUACCCAUGGUUCGUCCCCAGUUUAAAGCUUCUGUUGACGAGAUUUCUGCAACAACGAGGACUUCAAUCACACUCUUGUCUAGCUCUGCACAUACUACUUCAUCAGGGCAUAGCCCUGUUGCGGGAUAUUCUAGACAGGACAUUGUUGAACUUCAAGUAACUGGAUCCUGGGAGAAUGCUGAGGCCGCUCGACUUUUGUUGCUUGUCGCUAUUGAUACCCUGAAACCUGGCAUUAUCGCGGAAAAACUCACUGUCGAGCUCAAAUACCAAAAUAUGAUUGGUGGAAGAAAACGUCAGGAUAUUCAGGAACUAAUGGCAAAAACCAACACGAGCAUCUAUCUAACAUCUCCCCUUGUACAAACUGCCAAUAAGAGUGGUGCUCCUGUCGAUACACGUUAUAACGACAUCUACAUUACAGGGGAAUCAAAACAAGUUGCCAUUGCCAAGGACACUCUAUCAAGCGCAUACCAUAGGGCUCAAGCAAUGUCCAUUUCUUGUACCCGUCAAGUAAACAUUGCAACUCGUAAGCUGGAUUGGAUGAUGCUGAACCAUCGCGAGAAGUUGCGUGGCAUCAUGAUUGACAAUGCUACCUUUAUCGCCUUCCCCCCAUUGGGUGGCACACAUUUUACCAUAUCGGUUUAUGGCGAAUCGAAUGUAAACGUGGAGAGGACUAUUCGCACUGUGAUGCAGCUGUCAUGCCACUUUCACUCAGGAUCUAUAACGAUGAGGGACCUUGGACCUUCUAUAAAUUUUCCACAAAUGCUACCAUCUCUAGCUAAUAUUUGCAAGCAUGUUUCACAGACUUCGGGAUCUGAGGUUGAGUACCGUAAUAAUGGCUUUUCUGUCUUUGGCAGUGAGACGCAAAUCAGAAUGGCAAUGCAAAUUUUGACUGAGAUGGAGAUGGUCAAAGCACUUCAUUCAGAGUUUAAAUUCUCGGUUGAGCUGGCGAACGAACAUCGGGAAUUUAUUUCCGGGAAGAAGAAUGGCAAGAUUAACAGGAUCAUGAAGGCUACUGGAGCUAAAAUCAAGUUUGAUCAGUGCAACGAGUACAACUUUUAUGUCGAUUUAAGCUCAGGCAUCGCUGUGAAAGCUAUGGAAGCGCUUGUUUUAUUGCAGGAGGAGCUACCUGCGGAGAUUUCGUUCUUCGUGCCUGAGGCGUAUCACAAGCGGAUCAUCGGUGUUGGUGGCAAGAAUAUCCAACGAAUCAUGAAGAAGUAUGGGGUGUACGUCAAGUUCUCGAAUUCUGAGGAGUUUGCGACAUUAGGGGGUUAUUUCGACAAUUUAGACAAUGUUGUAGCUCGAACGCCAUCCAAGAAUGCUAUCAAUCUUGAGAAUCUAAAGCAAGGAGUUAUGGAGUUUGUGAAUGCCAAGGACAAGGAUUUUGUCAGUCACCGAUUACUUAUUCCAAAGCAGCAGCAUCUCCCAUUACUAUGCAGCCAAGCAGUCGCACUUAGAGAGAUUUACGAGGCCACUAAUGCUACGAUUUUAUUCCCUGCACGCGAGACAGGAAGCGAUAUUGUAGUGGUUUUUGGCCCAGAAUCAUUAAUCCAGCAGGCAAUUACCAUGCUGUUGUCUAUGGUUAAUGAGCGCUAUGCUCUUUCUGUCAAGUCCUCAGAUGCUAUGUAUGCUGUACUAGCACUUCCAGAGUUUAAGUCCCAAGUAGUUGACGAGAUGAAGCGCGCAUGGAAUAUGACAUUAAUUAUUCCACAGAACAAUAAUGCUGGUUCAGGACAGGUUCAACAGUUUAUCGAUCAAAACGAUGUCCCGACCUCAUUACCAUCGCCAUCUUCUACAGCUACAGAAAAUGUGGAGGUGGAGUUCAUUGCACAGAAUGGCGUAUCAAGUGGUACUUCCAAAGUUCACCGCAGUAAUAUUGACAGUAAAGCAGCGAAAGAGCUGCACUUAUCAAAGAUAUCUAAUGAAGACAAAUCGAAUAAGCCGCAGCAUGACCAUGUUUUUAUUUUCGAGUAUACGCGUAAUAAUGAGGAUUAUCUGAAGGAUGCCAAAGACUUGCUGAUACGGUUCCUGGCUAGUCACCAAAUUGAGGUUUAUAAUGAUGAACUUAAGGUUCCACGAUUACGCUCGAGCUCCUUUGGAGAAACUUUCAUCCCUCUUCACGAUAGGGUUAUCUCAUUGACUACUAAUGAUUCCACUACUCAAAGUACACCUGAUUAUGUUUUAUUCGACACUACUACAUCUGCCAAUGAAUCAAUUAGCUGUAGUUCUGGAGCUAUUGGCGGACCCUUCCUUGGAACUGGGGACAUCCGGUCGCUCUUUACGCCGUCAACUGCCUCCAGUCUUCUAACACUAGAUACGUCUCCUCCAAGACGGCCGGAUCACUCUCGUCAUCUAGGCGCUUUACCAGGAUCGCCUUCUACUCAUAGCCCAAAUGCAUCGGUAUCUGGAACAACCUUUGGAUUGAGUCAAAGUCCAAGCAGUGUUAAACCAUACUCCCGCACAACUUCGCUACCAGCAGACCCAUGGACGCCAAACAAGCACCAACAGCGUCAGUUACAGUCGUCAACCGGCUACCUCGGAUCCAUCGGCGAGCUACGCUCCACAGUGCCUGGAUACUAUUCUCCUGGCGGUUACUCUCAGCCUCAGCAAGCAUGUGUGUCUGCAUCCGACCUUACAUUCAGUAAAGCGCCUGGAUUUCAAAUAUCACCUGCUUCGAGCCAUCGCUAUUCUAGCGGAGAUUCCCCAGUACAUGGACCUAUCAACACUAUGCCAACUUUGGGCAACUUUGUGAAUCAUGCUUCACCUCAACGUUCAUCAUCUCAAAGGUCAUCUAUAGGUUUCUCCAAUAAUUGGAGCAGUCUACAGUACCUUGAAGAGAAACCGAUCACUGGGAUGACAUUUGGACCUGGCUACGGACCAUCUCUGAACGGCGGAAAUGGACGUGCGAGUCAUCAGCAACAGAUUAACUUUCAACAACAGUCUUCGCUUUAUGGAUAUCAGCAACAAUCUCCGUCCUUUCACACGUAUACACAAGCACAACAAGCACAACAAGCACAGCAAACGCAACAAGCACAAUCUCAACAGCAGCAGCAGCAACAACAGGGGCUUUCAAGUCAACCAUACGCUUCUCAUAUUCAUCCUCAACCGAGCAUACCGUAUCCGCAGCAUCGUCAACGCCACUCGAGCCAAAACAGCGCGGCCAGCCAUCAUACAAUGGGACUUGGCCCCCUCGGGUGUGGGCCGAAUUCAACUGGAGGGAGCGUCAACAGCGAUGAAUUCUCAACUGAGGAAGACAGUGAUGAGGUCUUUGAUGAGAUGAGGAACCGUCAGAAGAUGCAGUCCUCUUCAUCUUCUUUAUUCCAACCAUCUCAUGUUAUCCAACCUGGUCAUCAUCAAAACAUACUUGGAAGUGGAUAUGAAGGCUAUUCGUCCCAUAACUCUUCGUCCUCAAGUCUGCUGAACCGUCGAGGAUCUGCAGGAUCGACCCAUAGCAUCAGCCUUCACCACCACCAACAACAGCAACAGCAGCUUUAUGGACCAAAAGCGUUAGAUUGCUCUUCAAACCUAAGCAGCGCCAAUCUUGAUCUUUAUAUACAAAACCCGCUCGUGAACGCCAUGGAAAAGCAUUCUAUCAAUAACCAAUCGGAGAGUGAUAUGAAUGUCAACGGUGGCCGCACAUCGCAGGGAAGAAUUGGUCAGGCUUCUAACCGCCAAUCUUCGGGCAUAGGUCUACCCAGCUUUUUAGCAGGAUCAAGGUUUGAGGAUGAUCGUAGUGGAUUCUUCGCGAAUGGCUUUGGUGGUAUUAUUGGUGAGGAUGCUCAUGGCUACGGCCAUGUCAAUGGGUCCUUUUCUGGGCCUGCUCAAUUUCUCCAUGGCAAUCACUUUGGGACCACUACACAUUCUAGCGCGCUUGAGAGCAUUGGAGGCGCUGGUGAUAGCAAUGGGCUCAUCAAUGAUUAUCGGGCUGGUGGCCAUACUGUAUCAACAUCCCAUCUCUUCUUGGAAUCGCCACUACAUCAUGGACAGGCGAUAGAUCGUACUGCCGAGGUGGAUCAUAUUGCUCGAUGGGAUCGCUAA